AUGCCUGAAUCGCAACAAAACUUGGAUGAUGAAGCAAAUGCUACUAAGAUGAUCGAUGCAGUCAUCAUCGGAGCUGGAUUCUCUGGAUUAUUCAUGUUGCAUCGUUUACGAGAACUUGGAAUUUCAGCAUACGUUUUCGAGAAAGCUGAUGGGGUUGGUGGUACAUGGUACUGGAAUUGUUAUCCUGGAGCACGUUGUGAUAUCGAGAGUUUGCAAUACUCGUAUUCAUUCAGCGAUAAAUUACGAGAGGAAUGGCAUUGGACUGAACGUUAUGCUUCUCAGCCAGAAAUUCUUCGCUAUAUCAACUAUGUGGCCGAUAAAUUCGAUCUACGAAAAGAUAUUCAAUUUGAGACCCGUGUUACAGCUGCAGUCUUUGACAAAACUCUUGGCCGUUGGAAUAUUCAAACAGAUCGUGGAGAUCGUGUAUCAGCUAAAUUUUGCAUUAUGGCAACAGGCUGUUUGUCAAAGCAAUUUACGAUUGUUGAUGCUAUAACUAAUGAUGAUGAUCCUGAAUCACUAUGGUCUAAUGAAGAGGGUAAUUCUCAAAAUACACAUCGUAUUGUCCCAUCCAUGGCUACCAAUUAUUCGGAAAUACCAUGGAUUUAUGAAUAUAAUUUAACAUCGCAAGACACUACUCAGUUUGGUCAAGGUGCUGGAAUCAACGGUGGUCUUUAUUUUUUUCUGAGUGAAACAAGAUCUCAUUUAGGCAACCGAUUUUAUGGUGCACUCUAA